AACACAUCUGAUUCUCCUGUGGCAGUGGAGACCUUAGAUGAUGUACCUGAGCACGUGCUCAGGGGGCUUCCUGAGGACGUGAGGCUCUUCCCAUCUGCUGUUGACAAGACACGGCUUGGUGUCUGGGCAACAAAAUCAAUUUUAAAAGGCAAGAAGUUUGGACCAUUUGUUGGUGACAAGAAGAAAAGAUCUCAAGUUAAGAGCAAUGUAUAUAUGUGGGAGGUGUAUUACCCCAACUUGGGAUGGAUGUGUGUUGAUGCAACUGACCCAAAGAAAGGGAACUGGCUCCGCUAUAUAAACUGGGCACGUUCAGGAAAGGAGCAAAAUCUCUUUCCUCUGGAGAUCAACAGGACCAUAUACUACAAAAGUUUAAAG